AUGUGCUUCUACUGUGGCAAGGUGGGACAUAUUGAGAAAGGGUGUGGCCUAAGAAUAUAUGAUGUUGUGCAUCAAUCGUUGAAGGAAGGUCAGUAUGGGGAAUGGAUGAAGGCAGCUGAAGGGCUGCAGGGUCUUAGUUGGAAUAGUAAUUCAUCCCCGGGGCUAGAUGGAGAUCAACCUUCCUCUCAGUUUAGAGAAACAACUGCUAUGAAUCAGAGCCCUACUUCCAAUAGGGAUUCACCUGGAUUAGCACUCAGUUCAGUUCCAAAAAAUAUAUCUUCUCCGCACCUGGAAGUUAAGGUGUCUAAACAAGGGGAAGGAUCAUCCACAGGGAAUAAUGAUAAAGAAAUGAUGCCCUAUGAGCCCUCGAUGGAGCGAGUGAUCAGUUAA